UUCAACUCGUUGGUGCUCCUCUCCACGGAAGUCUUAGGUAAAAAGCGAAAAACUUUGUGCGCUAUGAAGCGAAACCAUAGUAGUCGAUUUGUACUCGUAAGCACAUGCUCCUAAGUCGUAGCUCUGUUCCCAGAGUGACAUCACAUCCGCUAACAAUCCAUUUAGACGGGUUUUCCUUAUCAGACAACAGCACCUUUUAAAGAAACCGUUAUAGCUGCUUGUCUUCGUUACUGCGGUGAGAUAGCGUUCUGUAUGUUAAGUUACAGAAGAUCCCGGAAGUUCGAAUCUGCCGUAAGUGUAGGUCACUUGUAGUAAAGUUAGUUAGCUGUGAACUUGAAGAAGCUAACGUGUAUUGAGCAGACAAGUCAGGCAUAGAGUAUGGUUCCCCACAGACAGGACUACGGGAUGAAAAAGUACGGGAGAGUGCGCAGCACCUCGGUGAUGAACUCCGUUUCUGUUCGUCGCAACUCUGCCUUACUACCAUCGGUUUUGACGUUUUUGGUAAUCGUAGCAUCCGGAGGCCUACUGCUAAUGAUAGAAAAAGGCAUGCUGAAUAGCAUGGAGCCGCCUUCGCCCAGGAGGACUCUCCAGCGACUGAACUUCUUCCCGCAGGCUGGGAGGCGAAGCCCGUCUGCUGUGGACAUGGAGUCCCAGAUCCUCCAGGAGAUCCGUAACCGCACCAUUAGGACUGUGUGCAGCCAGAAGAAUAUGCCCCACAGCAUCUGGUCCCUGAGCACCCUGCAGAGGAAGACACUGCUGCAGCACAUCCUGGUGAACGAGCAGUAUCGCUUCCUCUACUGCUACGUCCCCAAAGUGGCCUGCUCCAACUGGAAGAGGGUCCUGAAGGUUCUGAGUGGCACUCUAGAGAGCGUGGAUGUCAACAUCAAGAUGAAUCACCAGAACGACCUGCUGUUUUUGUCCUCUUUUAAGCCCGAGGAGAUCCGCUACCGCCUCAAGCACUACUUCAAGUUCAUGUUUGUACGGGAGCCCAUGGAGCGCCUGCUGUCAGCGUACAGGAACAAGUUCGGAGAGAUUCAGUCCUACCAGAAAAAAUAUGGUGUGGAGAUCAUAAAGAGGUACAGAAAAGGCAUCACCAAAGAUGCCUCUGUAACGGGGGAUGAUGUGACCUUUGCAGAGUUUGUCCAUUACUUGCUGGAUGAAGAUGUGGAACGCAUGAACGAGCAUUGGAUGCCAAUGUAUAACUUAUGCCAACCUUGUGCUGUGAACUAUGACUUUAUUGGUUCCCAUGACCGCCUUGAAAGCGAUGCAGAGUUUGUGCUGCAGCGCAUUGGAGCGCCUCCUUAUAUUCACUUCCCAGAGAGGCAAACUUGGUACAAGCCAGUCACCAUGGAGACAUUACACUAUUAUCUGUGCAGCUUACCACAGAAGCUACUGAGGGAACUCCUGCCCAAGUACAUUUUAGACUUUUCCCUGUUCAUUUAUCCUCUCCCCAACACAACCACUGAGCACUGCCGGCAUUAAAUGUUCUAUAGUUCUAAGAUUAUUUUUUACAGAGAAUCAUUUGUACUUGUAUUUGUAUUGUAUUUUUUAAUCCUAGGGAACAAAGAGUAUUUUGAUAGCUGUUAUACCUUUUUACUUGAGAUGUUCAAAUAUCAUGGCAAAAUGCUGAGACUUGACUCCAAAACCACUAAAGCUUGAAAUCAGGUGCAGACAAAUGGGGAAAAAAAACUGCCAUGCACUGUACAGUAAGUGAAAAAAACAAGUACAUAAUUUUUCAACUCCAGACUCCAGUAUUUUGCUUGUUUCUUCAUUUACACAUUGAAGAAGGUAAAGGGUAAAUAGUUUCAGUUCAUGGCGUCAGUAAUCAUUAAGUGGUUUAAAGGGCUAAACAUUCCAUGUACUUACAGGGUUGUAGGGUUGAUCGAGCUUGAUUUGUUCUGUUGUACAUGACAGCCUCUCCUUGGACUAACUACCUUGUAAUAAAACGCCAGUUCAAUUUUUGUGAUUUACAUCA